AUGAAGGGUAAGGAUAGUAAUAUUUUUUGUUGGAUUUUAUUAAUUUCCUUUCUAUAUUUAAAAAAUGUAAUAUUAUGUAAACAGAAUAUUCUUAAGUUGUCAUAUCAAAUAAAUUCCUUCAAUUGUGAUGACAAAAAAAAAGAGUGGAAUAAUAUAGGAUCCUUUAUUUUAAACAGCAGCGAAAUAUAUGAUAUAUCAAAUUCAUAUGUUGAAGAAAAAAGAAAAUUUCUUGAAAAAAUGAAAAAUGUAUCAUUACAAUUUGAUUAUGUUUUAUUUCAAUUAUGUUAUAAUGAAAAUAAAUGUUUAGAAACAUAUGUGAAUAAAGAAAAAAUAAAAAAUAUAAAUAAUUUUGUAUUCUUAUUAGGUUUAGAUAAUAAUUAUAUACCUUUUGUAUUAAAUUAUAAAAUGAUAUCUGAUCAUAAUUAUCAAGAUGAAGACAAUCAAAAUAUAAAUAAAUAUAAUAAUGAAAAAAUAUUUUCAAAUCUUUUUAUUAUUAAAUUUCCAACACUAUCAAUACCAAUAAAUAUAAAUAAUAUAACAACAGAAGAUAUUCAUAUGAAACCAAAAACACAACAAAAUGAAAAAAUUAAUGAUCAGAAUAAACCAAAAUCAUUCUUACGUAAAUAUUGGUUUGUUAUACUUAUAUUUUUCUUAUCCUUUUCAUUUUCAAAACAUUUGACAGAAAAUGAAGCACAGCCACCUGCCAACACAUCAAGAUGA